AUGCCACAACCAUUGAGUUCUAAGGACGCAUCCUUGUUCCGCCAGGUGGUUCGCCACUAUGAGAAUAAACAACAUAAGAAAGGUAUCAAGACCGCGGAGCAAAUUCUUCGGAAGAACCCCAACCAUGGCGAUACCCUAGCAAUGAAGGCGUUGAUUACCAGCAACCUUGGUCAGCAAGAAGAGGCCUUUGCGAUGGCCAAGGAAGCUCUCAAGAAUGACAUGAAAUCGCACAUCUGUUGGCACGUUUACGGUCUGCUAUAUCGAGCGGAGAAGAACUACGAGGAGGCAAUCAAGGCAUACAGAUUCGCAUUGAGGAUUGAACCGGAGUCUCAGCCUAUCCAGCGUGACCUUGCCCUGCUUCAGAUGCAAAUGCGGGAUUACCAGGGAUAUAUCCAGAGCCGAACCACCAUGCUCCAGGCCCGACCCGCUUUCCGCCAGAACUGGACGGCUUUGGCUAUCGCACAUCAUUUGGCAGGAGAUCUGGAAGAGGCGGAGAAGGUGUUAACGACGUAUGAGGAGACCUUGAAGUCCACGCCACCAGUUUCCGACAUGGAGCACUCGGAAGCCGUUCUGUACAAGAAUUCGAUUAUGGCCGAGGCAGGCAAGCUCGAGCAGGCUUUAGAACACCUCGAAAACGUGGGUCACAGAAUUACGGAUGUGCUGGCCGUCAUGGAGAUGAAGGCGGACUACCUUCUGCGGCUUGACAGGAAGGCGGAGGCAGAGGUCGCGUACACUGCGCUUCUCGACCGCAAUCCCGAGAACUCGAUGUACUAUGAUGCUCUGAUCAGAGCUAAGGGUAUUGCCGACGAUGACCACUCGGCUCUGAAGGCUGUAUACGACUCUUGGGUGGAGAAGAACCCUCGUGGCGAUGCUCCUCGUCGGAUCCCACUGGACUUCUUGGAAGGUGAGGAUUUCAAGCAAGCUGCUGAUGCUUACUUGCAACGUAUGCUCAAGAAGGGCGUUCCUUCUCUUUUUGCGAAUAUCAAAUCCCUAUACACCAACACUUGGAAACGUGACACAGUGCAGGAGUUGGUGGAAGGCUACGUUUCCGCACCUCAAACCAACGGUUCUGCGGAAGGCGAGGCGAACGGCGACAACAAGGAUUUCCUCUCUUCCUCCCACUAUUUCCUCGCGCAGCACUACAACUACCACCUCAGCCGCAAUCUGACCAAGGCCAUGGAGCAUGUCGACAAGGCUAUCGAGCUGUCUCCUAAGGCCGUAGAAUACCAGAUGACCAAGGCCAGGAUCUGGAAGCACUAUGGUAACAUCGAGAAAGCGGCAGAGGAAAUGGAGAAGGCUAGGCAGCUGGAUGAGAAGGACCGUUAUAUCAACUCCAAGGCCGCCAAGUACCACCUUCGCAACAAUGACAACGAUAAGGCACUUGAAAACAUGAGCAAAUUUACUCGGAAUGAGGCUGUCGGUGGUGCGAUGGGCGAUCUUCACGAGAUGCAGUGUGUCUGGUAUCUGACCGAGGAUGGCGAGUCUUAUCUGCGCCAGAAGAAACUUGGGCUUGCACUCAAGCGCUUCCAUGGAAUCUACAAUAUCUUCGACACUUGGCAAGAAGACCAGUUUGACUUCCAUAGCUUCUCAUUGAGGAAGGGCAUGGUCAGGGCAUAUGUUGACAUGGUCCGCUGGGAGGAUCGCUUGCGUCAACAUCCCUUCUACACUCGGGCGGCUCUUUCUGCCAUUAGGGCAUACCUACUUCUCCACGACCAACCAGACCUCGCUCAUGGGCCCUUGCCCAACGGUGCCGAGGGUGACGCUGACAGCGCUGAGCGUAAGAAGGCUCUCAAGAAGGCCAAGAAGGAGCAAGAGCGACUGGAGAAGAUUGAGGCCGACAAGAGAGCGGCAAGGAAAGCAGCAAGCACCAAGGGCGGUGAUGGUGAAGUGAAGAAGGAAGACCCCGACCCGCUUGGCAACAAGCUUGUCCAGACCCAGGAGCCACUCAAGGAGGCAACCAAGUUCCUGACUCCGCUCUUGGAGUCCAGCCCCAAGAGCAUUGAGGCCCAGAAUCUUGGAUUCGAGGUCUAUCUCAGGAGAGGUAAAUAUGCGCUCGCACUCAAAUGCCUCUCGGCCGCCCAUGCAAUUGAUGCUUCCAACCCAACCCUUCACAUUCAGCUUCUCCGUUUCCGCAAGGCAUUGGACGGUCUCUCUGAGCCACUGCCACCUCAGAGCCUCGACGAGUGGAAUGACUCUUUCCUGUCGGCACACAAGGACAGCGCGCCCCACACACAAGCAGGCCUGACAUGCCGGCAGCUACUGAAAGCAGACUCCAAGGCGCAGUGUGAGAAGGAUCUCACCGCCACCCUUGACUCGCAAAUUGAUAGCAUCGAGACCGCUCUUGCUGGCCUGCAAUUGUUGGACGAGUGGAAAAGCGACCAGGCCGCAAAGGCCGCUUACGCUGAGAAGGCCAAGAGCAAGUGGCCUGAGUCGUCAGUAUUCCAGCUGAACUAA